CAUUUGGAAUGUAAGACGCGCAACUGUUCAGCGAUGUUGUUAUUAUUUAUAUCAAUGGUCUUAUUCGGUUUUACAAACGGGCAUAACGCGAAAAGCAGCCUCACAUUCGUUAUAGAUGAUACGGGAUCUAUGUGGAAUGAUAUUGAUCAGGUAAAAGAGAAGACAAACGAAGUGUUCGAUGCAGUGCUCAAUUCUAACGCAUCAAAAAUAGACGAUUUCGUGCUUGUCACCUUUAAUGAUCCAGAUGCAAAAGUCUGCACAGUGACCCGAGAUCGCAAAGAAUUUAAAAAGGCUCUUUCCGAUAUUACUGUAGACGGUGGUGGAGACUGUCCUGAGUACUCAAUGAAAGGAAUCCAACUCGCGUUAGAGCACAGUAAACCGAAUUCGUUGUUUUAUGUUUUCACGGACGCAGCGUCAAAGGAUUACGAAGAGUACGAAAAAAUUAAGAGCUUAGGGCUCAAGAAGUCUAUUCAGGUCACAUUUUUACUGACCGGCGAAUGUACAAACACUCCAGAAGAGGCAUUUACUGUUUAUGAUAAAUUAGCGGAAACUACUUCAGGACAGGUUUUCCACUUAGACAAACAGGAUGUGAGCAAAAUAAUAGACUAUAUCAUAGCAACGAUAAAAAACAAAAAGACGACUGUGGCCCAAAAAACUUUUUAUAACGGUUACGGCAAUGAGUUCAAAUUUUCUAUAGACAGCAAAUUAUGGGAUGUAAUGAUUUCUGUAUCAGCUGACGAUCCGAGAUUUCACUUAAAUGGUCCUGAUGGGGAAUCAGUAAAUGUUAAAGAAUUCAUCAAUACAAAGAAAUCCAGUAUAUCUAAAUUGGAUGUUAAACCGGGGAUAUACACGAUGGUCCUGGAUAAUAUUGGUCAAACCUCAGUGGUUAUAACUGGAUCCACAUAUGUUUGUUUUCAACAUGGCUUCUCUACUGUCAUGCCUAGCACAUUGAACGAAACGUCUACUAAACCUAUCGAAGAUACACCAUCUUAUUUAGCUAUUGAAUUGGAUAAUGUUAACAGAGAUGUUAUAUUAGACACUGUAGAAAUUAGAGAUAUUAAUGAUAAUAUCUUAAGUGCUUAUCCAUUGGACCUGCUAAAUAAGGACAGUCAAUUCUACGUAACAAAACCAAUUCUGACACCUGAUUCUACCUUCAAAAUCGCAAUAAAUGGUCACACAAGCACUGAAGAGAAAAUAACUAGAAUUGCACCAACGGCUAUUGAGCAUCAAAAACCUGAUUUAGAAGGACGAAAGCGAAAAGCACCGAUGGUCACAAUUUUAGAAGGAAGUACCACAACUGUUGAAUACGAUUCAAAUUUAUCCCUAAAAUGCAAAGUGCACGCUUUCCCUAAACCGGAUAUUGUGUGGAAAGAUGACUCAGGAAUGAUCUGGCCAUCAAAAGUAGUCCCUGUGGAUUUGCCUUAUGAUUAUAUGGGUAUUCUGGAUAAAGAUAAAAUAAAUAAAAAUAUAACUUUAUAUUGUACAGCGAAAAAUGAAAUCGGUGAAGAUAAAAAAUCUAUUUUAGUUGAAACUAAAAGAAAUUAUUUCCUGGAAAUUCUCGAAAGUCCCAAAGAUUUGGUUAUUGAGUAUGGAAGUUCUAGUGUUCUUAAUUUCAAAGUUAAUGCAUAUCCACCAGCAACAAUAGGGUGGUAUAAAAAGAGGAAAGAACUUUUUAAUGACGAUGAUUACGAAAUAUCUGCAGAUGGUUCCACACUAAAAAUAAAAUACAUGCAUCAAGGUUUAAGAGGAUUUUAUUCAGUGAAGGCUAUGAAUGAAGAAGAAAAAAAGAUAAUUUACUUCAAAAUAGAUAUGUCUGGAGAAAAGCCUGAAAUAGACAAGACUGUCAGUUCUUACAGAAUAGAAAAAGGAUCUAGUGCCAAUUUAACGUGCAGAAUCCUAAAAGGUAAACCAGAGCCUGAAAUUUCUUGGACUUUUCAAAAUGAAUCUCCAGGUUCUUUAAAGCGUUUAGAUGUUGUUGGCGAUUUUUAUAUUGAUAAGGUUGGUCCAGAGAAUAUGGGAAUAUACACCUGCAAAGCUCGAAAUGAAUUUGGAAAGGAUCGUCACGAUAUUGACUUGUUCGUUGGAUAUGUCCCAACAAUCAAGAAUGUUCAAACUGAGGUUUUAGUGCCGGAGGGUCAACAAGUCAUAUUGACUUGUAUAGUCGACGGCUCUCCUUACCCUUUCGUUCGUUGGCUACUAAAUGAUGUUGAAGUAACAAGAACAGGAAAAUAUUCAUUCAAUGACAAUACACUAAGCUUUACAGGUUCAAUUGACGACAGCGGCACAUACACCUGCGAAGCUUCAAAUAGUUUAGGACAAACGCAAAAAGACUACUAUGUCGAUAUUUAUAUUCCAGUAAAAAUGCAGGUGCCAAAAGACACAACUUUAAAAUUAGAUGUUGGAAGUUCUACGACAUUGCCAUGCGUCGCUGAAGGUUAUCCAAAACCAAACAUCAGAUGGACUUAUUACAGCAAAAAUCCUAGCAUUCGUCCUAAGACAUUGAAAUUUGAUGAUACCGGCUCAUAUAAAUUAGAACAUAUUCAAAUAGAAGAUGAAGGUUUCUAUAGGUGCUCAGCAAGUAACGUCGGAGGAUUAAGUAGUGUUACCUACGAAGUUUUUGUCAGAGCCCCUGUAUCUAUUACGAAUCCAGAUGGAGUUGUUUUUAACGCUGUAAAGGGAGACCUGGCGCUUAGGAUCCCCUGUAAUGCCAUUGGCAGCCCGAAACCUAAAGUAACAUGGAUGGCAAAUGGUGAACACAUUGCUUCAGGGACUGAUUGGUACGACAUAGAAGAUGAUGGCACUUUGGUUAUUAAAUAUGUAACAUUAAAUUCUGGGGGAAAUUAUAUUUGUGAAGCCCGAAACUAUUUCAGUUCAGACAUUAAGGAAUUUAAUGUAAAUGUAAAAGCAAGCCCGGCCCAGCCUGAAGUUAUAACGGAUACUAUAUUAUUAGAAAUUGGAAAUUCAACUUAUCUGGAAUGUGAUCUACCACAUAAAGCGGGAGAUGUUGUAAACUGGUACAAGAACGGGGAACUAAUAGCAAGUGAUGAAUUAUAUUUAAGCCACGUUAAAUUUGAAGAUGCUGGUAUUUACAGUUGCCGUGUUAGUACGUUUUUAUCAGCUCAUACUGCACAUAAAAAGGUGACUGUAGGUUAUAAGCCAAGAUUUCUCAGUGACGAAGAAACUGUUAUAGAAUAUUCGGAAGGCGAUUUCUCUUAUAUGAACUGCGAUGCCGAUGGCUAUCCAAAGCCAAGCACGCAAUGGAUACGUAAUGGUGAUCCUGUACCUAUAAAUGGGUCGUAUUUAAUUAUAGAAAUGAAACUUGAAGAUAUCGGAUACUACCAAUGUACCGUAAGCAAUGAUCUUGGUUCAAUUAGACGUACUUUUAAAAUUAAUUCAGGAGAAUGCCUGCUGCGUACUAAGCAUGAUUUUAAUGAUCAGCAGCCUUUACUUUUGACUCUAUCAAGAGACUGGCCAGAAUUUAGAACAUCAAAUGAAUAUGUCCAUAUACCAAUUUAUAAAUAUUUUCUUCUAUCAUGCCCCGGCAGUUCUGUAAUUUACAAUGGAGAAACAUUCGGUCAAAAUGUCAAAACGAAGUGUUCAGAACUAAAAGACAAAAUUGAAAUAAAAAACAGAAUCAUUGAUUAUGAUAAAUUAAAAUGUACCAAAAAAAUGAAACCUCUAACAAAGCGAACAGGAAUAAGCUGUUUUGAACAACACGGAAACAACACAGAAUUAUUGCAAAUCGGUUUUUUUUCACGAAGUAAGUUUUUGAAGGUAUACGACGUUUGUUUAGAUCACGAACAGAAGAUACCUCUCUUUGCAAAACAAACCUCAAAUAAAGGUAUCGCCCUGAAUGCACCCCCCGGAGAUUACACAUUUGUUGAGAGUAAAUAUUUGCCCUUUCAUUUUGGGGACAUGUAUGACUGUGAUUCUCAGUUGAGGUUUAUUUCAUCGUCGAUCGGAAAAUCAAUAAAAUCAGUUAAAGAUGUUGAAUGCUGUUUUACAAAAAGACAAUUGAUCAAUCCUCGAGAUGUUUUGCCGGGAUUAUCACAAGUGGCUGUAUAUAGCUAUUUAAAUGUUAUACCUCAUUGGAGUACCUGUGGAACUAAAAACUGGGAUGAACUUGAACUAAGAGUACGAUAUCUGGGAAAAUAUUCAUCUAACGAGCUGACCAUUUUCACUGGAGCAUCAGAUCCGAUGAUGUUGCCAGGACAGACAGAAGAUGCUUAUGUGUCCUUAAGAGACAGACUAAACAGACGUCAACCAGUGCCCAUGUAUUUAUGGAAGAUAAUUCAAAACCCGGCAGAUAAUUCUUCCUUAGCUGUCAUCCAACUAAAUAUUCCUAAUGUUACGUCAGCGGAGGCCUAUUCUUAUAUGCCAUGUAACGAUAUAUGUCCCGAAGUCGAGUGGUUGCGUAAUAACGAUUGGCAGGAUGUGAAUAAGGGAUUCACAUUCUGUUGCAGUAUUAGUGAUUUUAAUUCACGUUUCGGAAAGCUUUUUGACGGAUGUGAAAAAGUAUUCAAGACUUUACCACCUUUAUUACCUGAUUUUUCUCUUAUCUAAUCUAACAAUAUUUUUACUCUGUCACUAUGGCAUUAAUGUCAGAGAUAUGCAAGUACAAAUUAUUAUUAAGAACAAAUAAAUAUUAUGUUAAUUAGAAUUAAUAAAGUUUAUUUAAUUAAUUAUAAAAUUUGUAUUCAAUCAAAAUGUUUAUUGAUAUUUAUUUAUUGUAUAAUUUGUAUAUUUUUUUUUUUGAUCUAAUAAAGGAAUGAAGACAACGUGUAAUUAACAAUAUCAUUUCCAAACUGUUAUCUAUUUUUUUUUUUAUUAAAAGUUAUAAAGGCACAUGUUUUCCGCUUAGUGUCGUGUUAAAGACUUACUUUAACAGGAUCUUUAAGUUAGUUUUCAUCGAGAUGGACUACACAUGUGAUUCAUUCUUUUGCUAUUUAUAACGGAACAAAGCGAUGAUUCGUAUCUUAUUUAAUAUGCCUUGAUUAAAUAAUAACAAAGUGA